AUGUGCCUGACAGUUCAGCUUGGCUGGUACCCUGUUGCAGCAAGAAUUUUUACCAAACGGGACCACAUGCAGGACAGCGGAAGCGGCCGGAGAAGCGCGGUCGUGCGAACUCCAGCUGGUCGCAUUCAUCGAAUAGCAUGGUGGCGCCAUAGGAAGUUCCCAGACCGUUUUUCAGCCCAGGGCCAGGCCUACAAUAGAGCUAGUUUAUCGCAUAUGCGCUUUAUAUCUCGUAGUUUAAGGGUAAAAGUGUUUUGCCGCCUGAGACGUGAAGGAUUUGACACAGACCUGUCCUCGAGUCGGCCCACGGACAUGUCAAACAAUCACGAGGCGAUUAGUUGGUUGUGUGUGUUGUUGUCUGCAAACAUUGUAUUACUCGGGGACGCA